CGCGUGCUUGACACCCGACUCAAGCGUGAUGGCCCAAAUAUGGAGUCUUUGCGGAUACGCUGCAAGGCACCAUGCACAACAGACAGGUCCGGAUGGCCUCAGUGCGAUCGAUCUUGCAGGAAAUGCCCGAUCGUGAAUUUGAAUCAUUGUUAGUUCCUGAGGAGUUCAGCAUGACUCCCUCGCCAUAGUCCAGUAAGGCCGGUGGAGCUGAGAGACGUGAAGGCACAGUCAGAUGAGAUGAAAUGGCCUUGUUGGUGGUGUCGACCAUGUCUCACUUGAUAUAGCAUUCUCCGGAGAGUGUCACCGACCCCGCGACCGAGUUUGUCAAGGAAAUACCAUCGCAAAUGUCCAUGACCAAGCCAACCUCCAUGUUCAUGUGAGCGAAUGAGAUGCCAUAAUUCAAGCCAACUAUGGAGGCAUCUCACCAUCUUUUUUGUUUCUGUCGAUCACUGCAGAUCGAGUUGGCUGCCCUUUUAUGGUUUUUACUGGCGGCUGCAGCGCUAGACCGUGGACCCUAUGUGCAUUUGAACCUGUUUAUCACUACCAACUCGAGCCCGUGGCAUCCAAUAUUGUAGCCCAAAGAGCUGAUUUAUCGUCAGCCACCAACUUCUCUCAGCUCGUUUCUCUUGAUUAUCAACCCGCUAACUCAACCCAUGACUUCCAUUUUCAGACCCGGCGCCUCCCGAUUAUCCUAUCGACGGGCCGCGUGGCGUCGUGCGCGCGCGACUCUACAGUUUCGUAUCCAUCUUGGCUGAAUAGCUUCACGUGCGAAGAUAGGCAGCCCCGCCUAUUGGAGGCCGAUGACCACCCAUAGUGCUCGGAGUCCUCUGCCUACCACUCACAAGGCCCUCGGGGCUUACCAGAAUUCCAUGAUAUGACUGGGAGUUGGACCGUUUUUGGAGAUACAGCCCUGUUUUGGGUGUGGGUUCUUGCAGCCCUCUCUUUCUUGGCCCUAUUUCGAUGCCUUGAAAGGUACCGUACGGCUGAUGCCUGUGUCUCAGAUAGUAUGUGUGCAGUAGGCUAUGAAUUGGAAUUUGAGGCGUGCUCGCCCGUUCAUAGUAUUGCCUCUCUGAGUCCUAUACCGCCGGCCUUCUUCGUGUUCUGUUCAGUCCUCUCACACAAAGCACAAAGAAACUCUUCUGCCUGCGGUGAGUGACUCCAAAGGGUCUUCCAUGGAAAAGACGUCAGGGCAUUCACUUCCCAGCCUUAAGACAACCGGUCUUUGUUUCGCCUGGUUCAUACCUGUUUUUAACACCAAAUCGCGGUGAAGCUUUCUAGCACCCACCCACUUCACUUCACUUACAAAGAGGUCCCUGCAUACAUAUAUACCUCGCAGGCCUCGGUAGACCCUUUGAGCAAAUCAACUUUACUCUACUUUACUCAACUCGAAAUUCAUUCUUACGAAUCUCCACUAUGCCGACCGAGUCUGAGAUGCGGUCUCGUCGAGACUCUUGGCCACCUACCCAGAUGCGCCUCAAGCCUACCAUCUCUACCAAGAACCGACCACUUCCAUCUCUUGAUGAUAUCGAUGAUGAUCCUCUUACCUACUUUCUUACACCGGCUCCUCUUCUUGACGACGAUGAUAUGGAUGACGUAUUGCUAGACUUUGAUGCGGGUAUUGAGGAUGCCAGUUCUCCUCGACCAUUUGUCCGCAGUGUAAGUCCAUCAACACUCGAUGGACUACGCAAGCCUGGUCUGCGUCCCAUGUCACCUGAUACCAGCUCUGAGAUCUCAGAGUCCAACAAUGAGGAUGAUUAUGAUGACGAUGAUGAGGACUAUGUCAGCUUCUCGCCCAGCAAGCACGGAGGACUCCUCUCUCUUAGGGAUCUCUUUGCCAAUAGCCGACCAGCAGUCCGACCCAAGAGCCCUGCUUUCAACCAGUCGACCAACAACUCUCUCCUCUCGCCUACGGCCCUCUCAAGCAGCCCAAAGCUACGUGGCCGAUCCAGGGGGCGUGGACGCCACGGAGCCAGCUCCCGAGGACACUCAGCAACACGCCGCACAGGACAACUAUGGCGGGAGCCAAGCCCCGAUGUGUGGUCUAUUGAGGAGGAGACCGAGGAGGAGAUGAUGAGUGAGGUUGGAAGCAGUGUUGGUGCUCACAGUGACACCAGCGAUGAUGAGGCUGAGAGUGAGAGGCGAAAGGGGAAGAAGGCCAAGUCGAACAAGAAGGUUCGCUUCGUCUUGCCUGCUCAGGAAGUCUAAGGGAAGAUGGAUGGAUACUGCAUAAUUCGGCGUUCAGGUCUGCAUCUCUUUCGUAUUCAUUUCUUAAAGCAUCACUGGAGGUUGCAUCUGCAUAGGUGGCGUUGGCUAGCAUGGUGGGAGUGGUGGAUCAAGAGUAAUGGCUGGUCCAAGGAGGAUACCUAUUUGUCUGGCUUGCAUUUAUCGGGCGCAUUCAUUGGAGGAAUAUUGAAGCUAGGACACAUAGCUGGCUGGCAUUUUGCAUAUCAUAGUUACAUUUCUUCAGGAGCAAUCCGCUUUCGAUACCUAUUUGGAUUUGGAGGAUUUUGCGAUAAAUUGACUGUAGUUUGAACAAUCGGUUUACCUUGUGG